GUUAUUAAUGCCACAUUGUAGAUUUUAGCCUGUUCCAAUCAUCCUUAUAUCGAGUUAAUGAAAUUUAUGAAAUUGCCUACCGUUCAAAUCGCUCUCUGUUGUUAGCACCACACUGAUUAACUACAAUGUUCCAAUUUUUUAGAAUUAUGUCCGACAUAAUUCUAAUUUUUUCUGUUACAGCAGAUAGUUAUGGUGAAAUGGCACGCAGGAAUAAGUCAUCCCUGUCCUCCAAAAAGCACAUAAAAAGGAAGAAUUGAAGCAAUCUCAAGAGAAAAGAAGGGAAUCUGGAUCCUUCGUCGGAUCGUCACAGAGCUUAGAGGGGAGCUCUACGCUUCACUGGCCAUGCAAAGCAGGGAGAGUGACGGAGGCGGAGGCACUGCUGGCUGCUGGAGCGGACAUUAACAAGCUGGACAGAGCGCAGUUGAACCCUUUCAUGGACGCGAUCAACUCAGGACAGGUCGACUGUGCUAGAUGGCUGCUGAGGCAAGACGGUAUAAAGCUCCAGCCCGAGAUAUGGUCGUUUUGUAGGGAGAGGGGGCUAGAGUCAGUGCUAACAGCUUAACAGAAGCAAGGUACGGAGAGCGAUCCAUGGCUGUCCCGAUAGACCCACUCAGACUCCUGCCGGAAGAUACUCCUCCGGUUGAUCCAGAUGAGACAGUUCUAGCAGAUGAUCAGUUACAGACUGAAGAACAUAUCCCACAGAUCAAUGCGUCAACAUCUGCAAAUGAAGCUGAUAUCAGAAUCGAAAUGAUGAUGGUACUACACGAGAUGCUCAUGGAAAAGGUAUCAGUUUGCUUUUCUCCUCCCACGAGCAGUACAAAGUGUGGGUUCAACUUUAAUCUGAUAGAAGACAUCGUAUGCGGAACCCAAGCCCGGCUAUGUCUGUACAUAAUAACGAAAGAAACCGGUUAUGCUGCGAGGGCGUUUAGCUCGAUAGAUGUUGAAAAUGCCCACAGCAUUAUAAAUCAUUUGGACCGCCGAGGGGUCCAAAACUCCUCAAUCGAAGAGCUUAGUAGACAUGUCAGCAACCUACAGAGACUUCAAAUUCUCAGGAAAACCUCUCUAGGACGGAAGCUUUAUACUCCGACAUCCACAAUUUACCACGCCCCUGAGAUCGACAAAGGUCUUUCUGAUAGAUUGACUUCCAGCCAAUUCGAUCUAUCGAAGCCGAGUGGGAAGAACAAAGAACUGAAACCCAUGGUCGCAACGAUGCUCCUCGCGGACAAGGGAGAGUUAGGGCCAUCGGUGGUCACAAGACUGCAGAAUAUUUAUUUUUUUAAGCGUUGAGGUUGUCACGAAAGUGUACUGUAACGGGACUGUAUCAGAUUUGAGUGAUUUGAUUUUGUGAUUCGCAGUUCACGUGAUUUUAUUGUGAUCUUAGACUGUAAAAACUAUAAAGGUUCAAGUUGAACUAUCGUCGCCAUGAUUAUGUAUUUUGGAACUGUUCACGUUGAAAUUGCUUCGUUAAUCAGCAGUCUUCCUUGGUUACCUUCUACUGUGUAAUGCAGCUACGAUCAACGAUACUUAGCUAGUACAUUCAUAGUAACUGCACUGAGAAGAGUAAAAAAUUUGAGCUUUGACGGAAUAACAUUUCCUUGUUUUUAGAUACGGUUACUAUUCUAGUGAGGGGUUCAUAGCUGACCAUUAAGGUCUUACUCACAAUAAUUUGUGCUCUGAUAUUGGCCGUACUGACUGCUGUUGAAAAAGCCACUCCAUCAGAUGCGCGUCACGAGAGUCCACCCCAGUAGACCCCACUACGUACAAAAUUUGAAAUUUUCCCAAAAACUUCUGAUUAAGCUAGUUUGUUUUCAAUAACUUUUGCAAUAUUAACAGUAGACCCUUCAAAUUUUCACCAAAUGUUUCCCUAGACACUAGUUCAUCGUAACUGUGUCAUAAAAUUUUAAUUUAGGGACCCAAUUUUGUGCAAGACUCCGGUAUCUGACGACCGGUCGCGGACGUGGUUAUUGUAAUGUCAACUUCUGUUGCACACUGAGCGAGCUAUAUUUUGAGAACAAAGAUAAACUUUACACCAGGUGAAAGCUGAGACGUUUC